AUGCAGGGGAGAGAACAGCAGUGCUCCAGCUCGUGUGGGUCUGGCGUGCAGAAGAGAGAGCUGCGCUGUAGCGAGAGAGACACACGCGGAGGGUUCACAGAGCUGCCUUCUCGACGAUGCAGACACACGGCCAAACCUCUGAACCUGGACCUGCAGCAGCUCUGUAACCCUGGAGCCUGCCCCGAGCCAGCCCACAUCAGUCCAGGCAGGGGCCCCUCCACCAUGGUCUCUGGGUGGUUCUCGUCUCCAUGGCAACAGUGCUCCGUGUCGUGUGGUGGAGGAGUUCAGACUCGCGGGGUCCAGUGUCUGCGUCAGGGUCGUCCCACGGCCGGCUGCCUGCUCCACCAGAGACCCGUCACCUCCAGAGCCUGCAACACUCACUUCUGUCCCGCUGCCCGCCCUGUCCCGGCUCACAGGCCGCCCUGGGUCACUGCGGCUGCUCCGCCUCGGAAAGGAAAACCAUAG